AUGGAGGCCCCCGUGUCCAGGCCCCGGGCAUACAUCAUCCUCCUCAUCCUCGCCUUCGUCCUCGGCUACCUCUCCCACUCCCACCCCCUCCUCUCCCAGACCGCGAGCGACGUGUACGAGCACAACAGCUUCCCCAAGCAGUGCGCCGCCCCCGUCCCCUCCUCCGACGUCCGCCGCACCAUCCUCUCCCGCGUCUUCAACAACACCUCCCCCUGGCACUCCUUCCCCCCUCCCCACGCCCGCCCCCUAUUGCUCACCGAGUGGACCAAAGGCUGGGGAUCUCAGAUGCCGGUGUUCGAGCACCUCAUCGAGCAGGUCCGCCCCCGCACGAUCGUCGAGGUCGGCACCUUCCUCGGCGCCUCCGCGACUCACAUGGCUUCAAUUGCAAAAAAACUAGGGCUGGAGACGCAGAUCGUGUGCAUCGACGAUUUCCGCGGCUGGCCGGGGUACUUCGACGAGGAGAGGAAGAGCGUGAAGAUGGUGAACGGAGACUCUCUGUUAAUGUACCAAUUUAUGCAGAACGUGGCGAGGGCGAACGCGACGGAGGAGAUCAUCAUGAUGCCGUUCUCGGCGGGGACGGCGCUGGGGGGGCUGUGCGAUUGGGGGGUGUACGGGGAUCUGGUGGAGGUGGAUGCAGCGCAUGAUUUCCACUCCGCGUGGGUGGAUAUAAACCACGCGUUUAAGGUGCUGAGGCCGGGCGGGGUGCUGUUUGGGCAUGACUACGCGUGGGAUGGGGUCAGGAAGGCGGUGCAUAUCUUUGCGAGGCUCCAUGGGUUUCAGAUCAAGCUGGAUGGGGAGCACUGGAUUCUCUAUUGAUGAUUUUUUUUUGUUUAUUUUUUGGGAUAAAAUGUUAGUGAAUUUCUGGGAUUCACUGUUUGUAUUAUUGAUUUUAUGAUUUAUUAUACUUAUCUCUCUCUCUGUCUGUCUCCAAUCUCCAUUUCAAUUUUAAGGUGGAGUUGGUCAAUGCCUAAUGCUAGUUUCCUCCUUCUCUGUU